GGACUAUGCCUAUUGAAAGACAGCUCUUGAAAUAUUACCAAGAGAGGGUGUAUCGCUUUAAUAACGAUCAUGUGAAUAACACUGCAUUGUGGCAAGAAAUUGUGCAUAAGCUGGAGAAAGAAGCAUCAUACUCUACAACUGUGGAUAAGAUUCGGAGUCGUUUCUACGAGUUGACUAAGCAAUUUUCAGUAAUGGAACAGCAUAAUGCUCAACCUGGCACUAUACGUAGAGAAAGCAGACACCACGAGAUGCUAGCUGAGAUCUACAGCAUCUAUAAUUAUUGGCCUCAUGAUAGAUCUGCUAUUAAACUAGAAAAAUCGAACAUCAUUAGGAUGCGACAAGGUAAUAACAGUUUCAUCUAUGUGUAAUGACAAUCAUUUGGAAAAAAUAACAUUUGGGCAUGCACUUUUUUCCUGAUUAUGCACUUGUGCAUUUAUGCCCAUUCUUAUAUUAGACCAAAAUUUAAUACAGCCACUCCUUACUUAGUGAUGUACUCA